AAUGGGUAAAGAACUUCAAGAGGCCAAAAGAGCUAUUCGAAACACCCAACACAAACUCGCAGAGCAAACAGUGGCGCUGCUCGGUUCGCAGAGUCAGCUGAAGGAGGUUGAAACUGAGAACUCUCAGUUACAGCUCCAACUGAAAGAACUGAACGAGGAAUAUCGCAUGCGGCUUGUCCGUUACAUUGGAGACGUUACUGAAUAUGUGGAUAACACAGUGAAAUCCGGCAGUGACCACACACAGCCCUCUCCUGACCAGCCUUACUUGAAGAGAUUUGUGGACAGCAUGCUAAAGGAUAUUCGAUCUGCCUACAGAUCACGGGAAGAACAACUGGCGGCUGCAGCUAGAAACUACAAGAAACGGAUGCAGAAUGUAGUCAAGAAGCACGAACACCUUUUGAUUGCGUACAGAAUGCAGCGGGAGCAGAUUCUAUCAUCAGGCAUCAAGGAUAUGGACCCCGGCCCCUCUGAAGUAACCUUUGUGAUCACUGACAGUGAACUGUUGUCCAAGCAGAGCCAGGAGCUCAACAGGCUUCGGGAGGACAAAGCCCAUCUGGAGGCAAAGCUCCAAGACCUUCAGGAGAAGGUAAGACUGGUUCGGAGUGCACCAGUCAUAUCUUCCUCGCUCCUGGAGACUGGUGAGAAAGCAAGUAGUGAAAACUGGAGUGAACUAAGGAAACAGCUAAAAGAGUUCACAUUUACUACACAGGAGGAGUUGGAACAUGAACGUGCUCAGUUGAUCUCACGUGUCACAGUUGCUGAGGAGCAAUUGGCUGAACUGCAGGAAUAUGUGGAUAAGCACCUGGGCAGGUACAAGCAGGAAAUUACACGCCUCCGAAAAUUGGUUGGAACUGAAGUACCAAGAGCAGUCAGUGCUGAUGUUAUCCAUCAGUAACUUCCUUGGUAAUUGCACAGGAUCCUCAACCCUGAAGUGGAAGUCACCCCUGAAGUCACCAAGAAUUUUCUGAGCAGUUAUUGGGAAAUGAAUGUUGUGAUUAGUAAAAUAACAUAGCAUUUUUACUGACACUGUGCAACAGCAAUAAAAGGUACUCGUAUUAUUUAUGGUCUGCCACACAGAAUGAGACUGUGUUCCACCAUGUGCAAGUAGGCUUGUUCACAAACUAGACCAUAUACAUGGGAACAGGAGAAAGCAAUUCAGCUCUUCAUAUCCAGCUGAUCUGAACUUCUGCAUACCUGCCUUGAUUUCAUAAUCAUUAAUAUCCUGCCUAACAAAUGUCUUACCAAUCUCUGAUUUGAAAUUUCUAGUUGAUCUCCAGCUUCAGCAUCUUUUUGGAGAGAAAAUUCCCACUUUCCACGAAUUUGACAUUAACUGUGAAAGGCUAGCUCUCUGUAAUUAUCCCCGUAUACUUGAAUCCUACUCAACAGAUUCAUUGGAGACCUGCAUUCAACCCCAGGUAUCUAGAAACUAAACUAUUCUAAAAUUAAAAUCAGCAUUCUUUCUCAAAUUUCUACAUUCAUUAUUAUUAUUGUCUGUGUUUGUAUGUAUAUAUAUAUAUUUCCUCAUUAAAUCAUUUCUGACUGAAGCACAUUAUCAGAUCAGAUUCUCAUUGCGUAAAUGCAAUUAUAUUAGACGUCAUUCUGAGUUUUUCUCCCAACUGCAGAAACAUUAAAGCCAACCAAAUUUAAUCCCUUGUUCCCUACUUCGAGAUGAAUUGCCCAGGCCCAAGACGAUUAUUUUCAAACACUUGGAUGUUAUAAUGUGCAGAAAAUUUCCUUAGCCAAUUGAACAGGAAACUCUGAUAAAUUUUAAUCACUGAAAAUUGUAGACGUUUGGAAAAUUGGUUUAUGUAGCACAAUUCAUACCAAAUUUUACAAUUUAACAUGUUUAAUUGGUCAAUUUAGAAUGUUUUCAUGCUGCCUUCCAGCUGUCUUUGUAUGUUUCCUUUUCCAAUCAGUGAAUUUCAUGGAGAUAAUUUUAGUCAACCUCUUGUGACCUAUUAUUGCACACCUUUGGAACAGGUGGAAGUUGAACACAGCUCUCCUGGCCCAGAGGUAGGGAUGCUAUCACUGCAUCAUAGAGGUUUGUUAAUUAUGUCAUUAUGCAGCCGAAUUGUUUAAUGGAGAACUAUUAACUCUCCCCUUAACUCAGACUAGGGUUAAACAAGGAAUUCCUUCCAAUUGUAUGGUGAAACUACUUCUGGGCACAUUUAAUCAACCUGUUUAGGCAUGCUGUGGAGGCUCUUGUGACAUAUUGGUACCAUCCUUACUUCUAAGCCAAAAGGCCAAGAUUCAAGUCCGACCUGCUCCAGAAGUGUGUCAUAACAUUUCUGAACAGGUUGAUUAGAAAAUUCAUAUCUUGAUCAAGAGGAAGGACAACUCUCACUUCACCACAAGAGUUCUAGGGGAGCUGUUUCUAUUCUCGGGCCUUUUAAUGAAAGACCAACUGGAGAUUUGUCAUUUGUACCCUUGCCACCUUUGCAAUAUGUAAUAACCUUGCACUUUUCGUAUACAUUUUAACUCCCCUGGUUAAAUCAUUAUCUCUCUCAACUAGAAAUGGCAAGGAAAUGUUGAUUUAUGGUACAUUGUCCUUUCCACCUGUCUUGCCACCAUCAAAAAUAUUAUGUAUUUUAGCAGACUUGCAGUAAAUCUUCUACUCAGAGAUAUUCAAUGAUUUACGGUCCCCUCCCUCAGAGCUCCCAUUUGAUGUAACAUCCUUCUCCUUUAAUCGAUCUCGGCUAUCCACUUGUCACUGCAGUAACACUAAAGCAAGAAUGUUUUCUCUUUCUAAAAAAUAUUUCCUACUUCCUUGUUUUGAGAACCCAAAAAUGUUUGGUGAAGACAUUGCUUAAUUGUGAAAAUAAUGAGAAAAAUUGGUGCAGUAGAUAAGAAAAGGUUUGAGUGGGACAUAAUUGUUAUGUGGACUACAUGGGCUGAAUGCCUUACUUUUGUAUCUUACACAGGAUAUCUAUAGUGUAGAAGCAGGCCAUUUGGCCCAUUCAGUCCACACCAAUCCCCCAAAGAGCAUCCCA